GGGCGGGGAGUGGACGCUCCUGGGACUGCGGCGUAGCAGAAGCCCCAGCAGGGGUGGUUUCCUCCUGUGUGGGAGCAGAAUGCGGGUGCUGGUGCGUUGGGACCAGGUACGCUUGGCAUUUUACUGCAAAGUCGGGGGGAGUCUCAGGAGCACAGGUCGAUGGGCUUCCUAAGGUGCUUGGCAGAAGCGAGGCAGGCCCAGGGAGCGGCAGGACCCGGCAGAGUCUGGUUCAGGGUUUUUGCUGAUGAAGCGGAGGGGGUGCUGAGCGGAGAGCCGUCCAGGAUAAGCCCAUCUGAGAGGAAGACGCUUUGGAGGGAAGUUUUUGGGUCUGGUCUUCUGGGGUUUGCUGUGCCUGCUGGCAUCCGUGUGCCGAUCCAGCAACUGGCACCAGAAGUCUGGAUUUGGGGGACCCCUGCGCAUGGCACUGAGGGCCUGGGCUCCUCCAGGCCAUAGCUGGUCAGCAUCAGCCCCCUGACCGUGGAAUGACCCCGCCGUGACUGCGUGUGUGACACAGGCCCUGCACGCACAUGUACACAGCACGCAGGCAUGGGCCCUUGGGUCUGAAGAGCCAGAGCCUCUGCUCCACACCCAGAGGGUGCCUGAGCUCCCCCACUGGUACAGGGGGAAGGAAGAGAGGAGGUUUGCUCACCCUUCCUGCUGCCCAGGCUGUCCCCUUCUGCUGACAGCCUGCAGGGCCUGCACCCUCUUUCCUCCACACGACUUAUCUCUGGGGGGGCUCUGAGUGCACCCAGGUCAGCCCCCCAGGGCAAAGUGCCAUCCUUCACACCCCAGGGCAGGGUCCACCCAGUGCCAUGCUAGAGCUGGUCUCAAGAACCCUGCCCUCACCCCCCACUCCCCGCCCCCGUGAGUGUCUCCUCGAGCUUUUCAUGGGCCUGGUGGGCGCAUUUACACCAUGGGAGUCAGCAAACACUACACCAAGGCUUUUCCACCGAGGGCCAGUUGUUAAAUACCACACAGAAGGGGCCAGGACUGCCCUGGCACCCCCGCCCUCCCUCCCAUUUCUCCACUGGGCUCCAUCUUGGAGGGGAGAGAAGUGGGGGAUGCUCUGCCAUCCCUUUUCUGGGUUCCUGCGUGGUGGGACUAUAGGCCCCAGCCUCCUGGGAUGUGGGACUGUCGAGGUCAGGGUUGGGGACAGGUCCUGGAGGAGAGCUGAAGUUAGAGCUGAGGAAACACAGCCAGCUGAGGACAUCAUAGACCCUCAUGCUCAUUCCUCCUUGAGGCAGAGGUAUAUCAAAGAUGGCCCUGAAGGGCUGGGCAUGUGCCAGUCUGUGUACCUGUAAAUGUGUGUGCCUGUGCAUGCGUGCAUUGCACAUGUGAGUGUGUGUAUAUAUAUGUAUGCACAUGUGUGUCUGAGUGAACGUAUUUGCAUGUGCACUUGUGAGUGUUUGCAUGUGUGUGGCUAUGAGGGGGCGCUGCACACAGAUGUGAGGAAAUAGGGUCACUUCCCCAGGAACCCCGGCUGCCCCCUCUUCCUGCCCCCACCUCCUGUCCCGGGAGAGGCCCCAGCUCCAUAAAGAGAGCCCGGAGCCCUGAAUGCCCCUGUUGUUCCAUUCCACACCUGCCCACGCUGCCUCCCAGGCCUGUUCCAGAAGGAGGAGGCCAAAAGCAUCAGGUCCCAUCCCCCGCCCCUAUGACCAACAUGAGCUGGAGCUUCCUGACGCGGCUGCUGGAAGAGAUCCACAACCACUCCACGUUCGUGGGCAAGGUAUGGCUCACGGUGCUCGUGGUCUUCCGCAUCGUGCUCACGGCGGUGGGCGGUGAGUCCAUCUACUCCGACGAGCAGACCAAGUUCACGUGCAACACGCGGCAGCCGGGCUGCGACAACGUCUGCUACGACGCCUUUGCACCCUUGUCCCACGUGCGCUUCUGGGUUUUCCAGAUUGUGGUCAUCUCCACGCCCUCCGUAAUGUACCUGGGCUAUGCUGUGCACCGCCUGGCCCGCGCCUCACAGGACGAGCGCCGCCGCGCCUCACGCCGCCGACAAGGCCGCCUCGCGCCCCGUGCACCCCUGCCCCCACCGCCCCACCCGGGCUGGCCCGAGCCAACAGACCUGGGCGAAGAGGAGCCCAUGCUGGGCCUGGGUGAAGAGGACGAGGAUCCGGGCGCGGCCGAGGGCCUGGGCGAAGAUGAUGAGGCUGAGGACGUGGGUGCCGCCAAGGGCGCAGGAGGGGACACAAAGGCGACCGGGGUCCCAGGCCCGGCAGGUCAGCAUGACGGGCGGCGGCGCAUCCAGCGCGAGGGGCUAAUGCGCGUGUACGUUGCCCAGCUGGUGGCGCGGGCCGCCUUCGAGGUGGCCUUCCUGGUGGGCCAGUACCUGCUGUAUGGUUUCGAGGUGCGGCCCUUCUUCGCGUGCAGCCGCCAGCCCUGCCCGCACGUGGUCGACUGCUUCGUGUCGAGACCCACUGAGAAGACGGUCUUCCUGCUGGUCAUGUACGUGGUCAGCUGCCUCUGCCUGGUGCUCAACCUCUGUGAGAUGGCGCACCUGGGCCUGGGCAGCGCGCAAGACGCUGUGCGCAGCCGCCACCCCCUGCCCACCACCCCUGGCCCCCUGCCUCGCCAGCAGCCCUGUGGUCUCCCCGCCGCGCCUUCGGGCCUGGCCUGCCCGCCAGACUACAGCCUGGUGGUGCGCGCGGCUGAGCGCGCACGCACCCACGAUCAGGACCUGGCCAACCUGGCGCUGCAGGCGCUGCAGGACCGGCGGUCACUUGGGGACCUCGACAGCCCACCAGGCCCUGGCCUUCCAGCAACCGCCCGGGGGCCCCCGAGGGCCGGUGCCCCUGCCUCCGGGUCGGGCAGUGCCACGUCGGGGGGCACUGCCGGGGGCCAGGGCCGGCCAGGGGCCAAACCCAGGAUGGGCUCUGAGAAGGGCAGUGCGAGCAGCAGCAGGGAGGGUAAGACCACCGUGUGGAUCUGAGGCUUGCAUUGGUUGCUGUUCCUCCUCCCUCCGCACCAGGGCCGAGGUGGAGGGCUCUGGAGGAAGUCUAGGGUCUGGACACUGCCUAAGGGGCAGAGCACAACCUACCCUCCUCCUCCCCCUCAGGUGGCUGCUCUCCACCUCGAGAGGGGGCGGAGGGCACCAGCCUGCUCUGCAUCACUGCCCCUCCCUGCCUGAGCCCCAUCUUCAUCCAGGAUAGGGUGGGGAAGGUAGGCCUGGGAAUCACGAAUGGUCCCCAGCUCUGGUCCAUAAGCCCUGAUGGGUAGGUGGGACUGUGGCUGGGGCAUUUCCACCCUCCCAGAGCCACCCUGGCCACCUCAGGACAAGGCUGCCCUCCAGGAGAGAGCUCCACCCGCUCCUGCCCCGCUUUCCCGGCAGUAGCCCAUGUGCGACUGCCCAGGGAUGCUUGGCCUGGGUCUUGGGGAGUACUGUGCUUGUCCACAGUACUCCCUGCCCAGCAAAUGGGGCUCUUUUCCUAGCACCCACACUCUUCUAGCCCAGGUUCUGGUUCUUGCAGAGAUGGAAGCAAUGCCAGGUCUUCCUUGUACAGAAGGGAAAACAGAGACCACAGUGGGCAGAGGCCCCUGCGCCCAGCCCUGGUCUGUACCACCUCCUGCCUCACCCCCACUAGGCCCCAAGCAUGAGCUGCCUCGAGUGCCAGUGGACCUGCACCCUGCUUCCUGUUCCCUGCCCAGGCAGAUCUGGGGCUCAGGCCCUGCAUGGGCUCCAGGGUGGAUGGGACCAUGCCCUCUCCAGCUCCUGUGCUGGCCUGGCGUGGCCCCUUCCUCUGGGACAUACUUCAAGUUCUGAAAAGACAUCGGUCCCCCUUACCACUCAGACCAACAGGAUGGUGGUGAGGGGCUAUGGCUUUGCUCAUGCUAGGGGAAGGCGCUCUGAGGCUCCCACCACAGCCUCUUCCCUCCAGCCCCCUGUCCAAUUCAGACACAGCCUCUAAAGGGAGUGAAAUAAAACUAACUUUUGUUUACAA